AUGCAUGAACUAAUAGAUCGUCCUAAAUCGGAAUUAUCAAAAGAAGAACUAGAACAACUGGAAGAAUUCGAGUUCAAACAUGGCCCACUCUCCCUAAUAAACGAUUCAAUGCUUACAAAGACACCAGUCAUCAUUUCACUUAGGAAUAAUCACAAAAUAAUAGCGAGAGUGAAAGCAUUUGAUAGACAUUGUAAUAUGGUUUUAGAAAAUGUUAAAGAAUUAUGGACAGAGAAGAAAGGCAAAAAGAUAAUGAACAGAGAACGCUUUAUAAGCAAGCUAUUUCUUAGAGGAGAUUCAGUAAUUGUAAUAUUAAAAGCUCCUGUACAAUGA